GACGGGGAGAGGGCGACGGGACCCGGCACUGUCUGGGACCACGUGUGGCUGACUGGCUGUGGAGGCCUGGAGUUGCAUCCGCUGCGUGCGGCCCGGGCUGACGGGACAGCCGCUCGAGAAAGUCUAGAAGGACUGACAGAAGCGUCCUAGGAUCUUGGGUGUCUGGACAUAAGAGUUAUCUUCACCUGUUGUGUGGAGCUCAGCACCUAUCAAGCCUCUGUAGAAAUGGACAAAGAAGAAAGGAAGACUAUCAACAAGGGUCAAGAAGAUGAAAUGGAGAUACAUGGCUAUAACUUAUGCCACUGGAAGCUUGCCUUAGUUUCCAUAGGAGUGAUUUGUACUGGUGGUUUUCUCCUCCUCCUCCUCUAUUGGAUGCCUGAGUGGCGAGUGAAAGCCACAUGCGUUAGAGCUGCAGUUAAAGACUGUGAAGUGGUGCUGCUCAGGACUACUGAUGAAUUUAGAAUGUGGUUUUGUGCAAAAAUUCGCUUUCUUCCUAUGGAAAAUCAACCAAAUUUUAAUGCAAAAUCUGUAGUUAAUAAGGUUUCAAAUGGCCAUGCUGUUCAUUUAACUGAGAAUCUGACUGAAGAAAAUAGAUGCGAGAUGAAUAAAUAUUCACAGACUCAGUCCCAACAGAUGCGUUAUUUCACCCACCAUAGCAUAAGAUAUUUCUGGAAUGAUACCAUUCACAAUUUUGAUUUCUUAAAGGGACUGGAUGAAGGUGUUUCUUGUACAUCAAUUUAUGAAAAGCAUAGUGCAGGACUGACAAAGGGGAUGCAUGCCUACAGAAAGUUGAUUUAUGGAGUAAAUGAAAUUGCUGUGAAAGUGCCUUCUGUUUUUAAGCUUCUAAUUAAAGAGGUUCUCAACCCAUUUUACAUUUUCCAGCUGUUCAGUGUUAUCCUGUGGAGCAUUGAUGAAUACUAUUACUAUGCUCUAGCCAUUGUGAUCAUGUCCAUAGUAUCUAUUAUAAGCUCACUAUAUUCCAUUAGGAAGCAAUAUGUUAUGUUACAUGAUAUGGUGGCAACUCACAGUACCGUGAGAGUUUCAGUUUGUAGAGUAAAUGAAGAAAUAGAAGAAAUCUUUUCUACAGACCUUGUGCCUGGAGAUGUCAUGAUCAUUCCAUUAAAUGGGACAGUCAUGCCUUGUGAUGCAGUACUUAUUAAUGGUACUUGCAUUGUAAAUGAAAGCAUGCUAACAGGGGAAAGUGUUCCAGUGACAAAGACUAACUUGCCAAAUCCUUCAGUGGAUGUAAAAGGAACGGGGGAGGAGUUGUACAGUCCAGAGACACACAAGAGACACACUCUGUUUUGUGGGACAACUGUUAUUCAGACCCGUUUUUACACUGGAGAACUUGUGAAAGCCAUAGUAGUUAGAACAGGAUUUAGUACUUCCAAAGGACAGCUUGUUCGUUCUAUACUGUAUCCCAAGCCAACUGAUUUUAAACUCUAUAGAGAUGCCUACUUGUUUCUGCUGUGUCUUGUGGUGGUGGCUGGCAUUGGGUUUAUCUACACAAUCAUCAAUAGCAUUUUAAAUAAGAAAGAAAUUCAGGAAAUAAUUAUUAAGUCUCUUGAUAUCAUUACAAUUACUGUGCCACCUGCACUACCUGCUGCAAUGACUGCUGGAAUUGUUUAUGCUCAGAGAAGACUGAAAAAAGUUGGGAUUUUCUGUAUCAGUCCCCAAAGGAUAAAUAUCUGUGGACAGCUGAAUCUUGUUUGCUUUGAUAAGACUGGAACUCUUACCGAAGAUGGUUUAGAUCUCUGGGGAAUUCAGCGAGUGGAAAAUACCCGAUUUCUUUUACCAGAAGACAAUGUUUGCAGUGAGAUAUUGGUAAAAUCUCAAUUUGUUGCUUGCAUGGCUACUUGUCAUUCACUUACAAAAAUUGAAGGUGUUCUUUCUGGUGACCCACUUGAUUUGAAAAUGUUUGAAGCCAUUGGAUGGAUUUUGGAAGAAGCAACCGAGGAAGAAACAGCACUUCAUAACCGAAUAAUGCCCACUGUAGUUCGUCCUUCCAAACAGCUGUUUCCUGAAUCUACAGCUGUAGGAAACCAAGAAAUGGAGCUGUUUGAACUUCCAGCUGUUUAUGAGAUAGGAAUUGUUCGACAGUUCCCAUUUUCUUCUGCUUUACAACGGAUGAGUGUGGUUGCAAGAAUACUAGGUGACAAGAAAAUGGAUGCCUACAUGAAAGGAGCCCCUGAGGUUAUUGCCAGUCUUUGUAAACCUGAAACAGUUCCAGUUGAUUUUGAGAAAGUUUUAGAAGAUUAUACCAAACAAGGCUUCCGUGUGAUUGCUCUUGCACACAGAAAGUUGGAGUCAAAACUGACGUGGCACAAAGUACAACAUAUUAGCAGAGAUGCCAUUGAAAACAACAUGGAUUUCAUGGGAUUGAUUAUAAUGCAGAACAAAUUAAAACAGGAAACCCCUGCAGUACUUGAAGAUUUGCAUAAAGCCAACAUUCGAACUGUCAUGGUCACAGGUGACAACAUGUUGACGGCUGUCUCUGUGGCCAGAGACUGUGGAAUGAUUCUACCUCAGGAUAAAGUUAUUAUUGCUGAAGCAUUACCUCCAAAGGAUGGGAAAGUUGCCAAGAUCAAUUGGCAUUAUGCAGAUUCCCUGACACAGUGUAAUGAAUCAUCAGCAAUUGACUCAGAGGCUAUUCCAAUUAAACUUGCCCAUGAUAGUUUAGAGGAUCUUCCAUCAACUCCCUAUCAUUUUGCAAUGAAUGGAAAGUCGUUUUCAGUGAUACUGGAACAUUUUCAAGAUCUUGUUCCUAAGUUGAUGUUACAUGGCACCGUGUUUGCUCGAAUGGCACCAGAUCAGAAGACACAAUUGGUAGAAGCAUUGCAAAAUGUAGAUUACUUUGUUGGGAUGUGCGGUGAUGGUGCAAAUGAUUGUGGUGCUUUGAAGAGGGCACAUGGUGGCAUUUCCUUGUCUGAGCUUGAAGCUUCUGUGGCAUCUCCUUUUACUUCUAAGACACCUAGUAUUUCCUGUGUGCCGAACCUCAUCAGGGAGGGCCGUGCUGCUUUAAUGACAUCUUUCUGUGUGUUUAAAUUUAUGGCAUUAUACAGCAUCAUACAGUACUUCAGUGUUACUCUCCUGUAUUCUAUCUUGAGUAACCUGGGAGACUUUCAGUUUCUUUUCAUUGAUCUGGCAAUCAUUUUGGUAGUGGUAUUUACAAUGAGUUUGAAUCCUGCCUGGAAAGAACUUGUGGCACAGAGACCCCCUUCGGGCCUUAUAUCUGGGGCACUCCUCUUCUCCGUCUUGUCUCAGAUUGUCAUCUGUGUUGGAUUUCAAUCACUGGGCUUUUUCUGGGUCAAGCAGUAUAAAGUGUGUGAUCCAUAUUCAGAAUGUGUUUUGGCCUCUUGGGGGAGAUGCUGCUCAGCUCCUAAUAGGAUCCUUUUGUGUUCCAGUGUUUGUAACACAACAAGAAGCGCAUGUUGGAACUCAUCGCAUUUGUACAACGGAACUGAACUCGAUUCAUGUAAAAUUCAAAAUUAUGAAAAUACUACAGUGUUUUUUAUCUCCAGUUUUCAGUACCUCACAGUGGCAGUUGCCUUUUCAAAAGGAAAACCAUUCAGGCAGCCUUGCUACAAGAAUUAUUUUUUUGUUAUAUCUGUGAUUAUUUUGUAUGUUUUCAUACUAUUCAUCAUGUUGCAUCCAGUUGCCUCUGUUGACCAGGUUCUUGAGAUUGUAUUUGUACCAUACCAGUGGCGUAUCCAUAUGCUUAUCAUUGUUCUUAUCAAUGCCUUCGUGUCUAUCACGGUUGAGAGCUUCUUCCUUGACACGGUCCUUUGGAAGGUUGUGUUCAGUCGAGACAAACAAGGAGAGUAUCGUUUCACCACCACACAGCCACCACAGGAGUCAGUGGAUCGGUGGGGAAAAUGUUGCUUGUCCUGGGCCUUGAGCUGCAGAAAAAAGACACCAAAAGCAAAAUACAUGUACCUGGCACAGGAGCUCCGAGAUGACCCUGAAUGGCCACCUAAACCUCAGACCACAACGGAAGCCAAAACUGUAGUAAAGGAGAAUGGAUCAUGUCAGAUCAGCACCAUAGCAUAGCAGAGACUGUCUCUGCGUGCAAGUGACAGUAUUCAGGAAGAUGUGAUGUUAGGUGUCAGAAUGGCACUGUUUUAGUUUAUAUCCCUCUCAUAAGACAGUAGUUGAUUAAAAAAACAAAACCAGUAAAACGGCAUUUGCCUCACAGUUAUUAACUAUCAGUCUGGCUAGAUAUUCAUGCAGUAACCUAAAUAUGAUAUACACUUUAUAUUGGGUAUGAGAGAGCUGUUAGGUUUUUUAAAUUUUUGGCUUUUGACACUAGUCUGCCUCUUUAAAUUUAAUUUUCACAAACCCUUUAUUAGCUAGUUCCUCUUAUAUAUAGACCCUGAAUUGGGACUGUUAAAAAUUUAUGGUUGUUAAUUGUGAUUAGCCUUCAGUGAAAAUAGGUUGGAAGUCUGUUUUGAUUCCAGUGUUUCUCCCAAAGAAUUCUAUGUUAAACAUAUACCAGUUUCUGAAGAAGGAGUGAGUUUGUGUGUUACUGUUGGUAGAGCAUCUCAGGUAACUCCCAUUUCUGGUUUUAUAUUCUGUGUGUAGACUGCCUGGUGUCACUUUCUAGCCAAAGGUGCUUCACUGCUGUCUUGAUCUCCUUUGUAACAUUGUGGGUCUCAUGCCAUGUCUGACAUCAACAGCCCAGUUGGCCUCAUUAAAAAACGUUUUUGUUUUUGUUUUUUUCCCACUAGAAAAGAUUUAUUUCUGAGUCAGGCGUGGUGGUACAGGCCUGUACUCCUGCACAGGAGGCUGAGGCAGGAGGAGUGUUCAAGGAUAGCCUAGAGUAGCUAGUAAAGCCCUGUCUCCAAAUACAUGCAUGCAGAGAGAGAUGAUCGUUUCCCUUGGUGGUAGACCUCGCAUCUCUUCAUACCCGCUGUUUGUUUUUCUUUCAGGAUUUAUAUCAUUUUAAAUGCUUGCUCUCUCUGUUUUUAACCUAAAGGAAUAGGAUAAAUUUGUUGUUUGUUUUGGUUGUUGUUGUUGGUUUGCUUUGGUUUUUGAGUUAGAGCUUAACCUUGGUAUAUGGCUCUCCUUUGGAUAAUGAGGCUUAAAGGAAUAGUGAAUACUGAGUUUGGCUUUUACAAAGCAAUGUGAACUUGAGUAGAGCUUGUUUUAUGCCAUUAGGUGGCACCAGAGGUCAGCACAUACCUGUUUUGUUACAAGUGAGCUUGAGAAAAUAAAGUAUACACAUUUAUUGAGCCAAAAGAAAUGUAGAAAGCAUUUUUCACACUUGUUUUAUCUGAUUAAUGUUCAGUUCUCAAGGAACUUCCACAAUGCCUUCCUAGGUAGGACUUGGGAGUUUAGUAGUGCCCAUAGUUAUGAUGAACUUGGGGAGCUGGCAUUGCUAUAAAAAAUGGACCCUAAAUUAGUGAAGCAGUGUGAGGUUAUUCUGUGUUCUUUCUUAGCUAACCACGUUACACUUUCCACUCGUAGUUGAUCAUACUGUCCCAGUACAUGCUUACCAGUUUACCAGAUGUUACCCAGAUUUCUGGAACCAUUUUUUUUUCUUAUUUUUUUAUGUUACAGAGACCUGAAUGAUGUUUGAUAAUUGUAGAAAAAAUGUAAAUUAUUCUCAGGAUCACUGUUACUGCUAUUGCCACUAGUGAUUCUUACAAAACACAUAAUCGAAUUUUUCCAACAAAAUGUAUAUUACUAUAUGUUAGAUGAUAAGAACAAUUGUCCCAUGAAUGAUUCUAUGAAGCUAUGCAUCUUAGACCUCUUGAGCUGUGAAUUAGCACUAUUUUCUAUAAUUACUUUUUCUCUGUUGUUUUAUACUGUCCAUGUUCAUUUCAAAUAAUGCUCAUAUUAUUCUUAGUGAUUUUUCUGAAUUGUUAAGUCUUAUUUUUUGGUUUAAAUAUAGAAGCAUAUAAUUAAUUUCUAGCUGCAGCUUAGAAGCCCAAUAUUAAUUGUAUUUAACACCCUCAAGAGAAUGGUCAUAAAAGGCUAUUUUUGACACACCCUUUUUAAUAUUUAGAGUUGAUAAGGGUUUAUAUUUCAUCUGUCCAUGUUGUUCACAAAAGGAAACAAGGUUUUAUGUAGGUGAGAGAAAGCAUUUGUAGGAAGUUAGAUUUGAACAUAGACAGGGUAGGUUGUUCCAGUGAGGAUAUUGUUUGCGGAAUGUCUGAGUUCAGACAUGGGUCCUGCUUAGUACCGUAGGUAGACGGAGUCUUCUGUAGGUCACCGUCACAUAGAGAUUUGAGUUCUGGAUUUUACAUUAAAUUAUUUGAGUAUAUACAGACCUAAAUUUUAAAAUCUGUACAUAUAUUAUUUUGAUGUAUUAAGAUUGAUAAUAUUGCUGAUUUAAAUUUUAUUUAUGCACAUACUUAAAGGACAGAAAUGUCCGGGAAAGUAAUUGUUAAAUAAUGAUAUGUAACUUUUUAACUUUUUAAAUAAAUAAGAUUUUUUAAUGUGGGUCUCCCUCAGGGUUGUUUAAAGUUGUUUUCCUCCAUCAAAUAUAAACAAAUAGUGGUAGCUGUUUUCUAUCUUCUAGCACCAACUGCUGUAUAGCAAUGCUGCAAAUAGUGCUUGGGUGAGAGUGGAAAAACCAACAAUAAACCAAUACUUUUAUAAGUUUUAUAAGCCUGAGAUUUGGAAGAUUUCCAAAUUGCACUUGCAUUUAAGUAAACCUGUUACUGUUUUUACACUAUUUAUUUGGUUUCCCAUGUUGAUGAAAGUUCUGCACAGUUUCAAAGGCAUGGUAAAUAAUGUCAUAUAUAGAUAGAUGUGUAUUAUAUAUUAUAUUAUAUGUGGAAUAUAAUAUAAUAUAUAAUACACAUAUGUAAAACCUGUUUCAAAAGCAGCAAAAGCUCAUAUGCAGUGAGGAGCAACAUCUAAUUUUAUGCAUGCAGAUUUGAUGUGUCUAAGAAAAGGGUUUUGUAUAUUUAUGGUGGGAGGUUCUGGGAACUUUUAACGAGAUAGGGUAUUAACUUUUGUACAGUCUGGACAUUUACAUGUAUUUUUAGUGUAUUACAAUUUGGUAAUUAUGUGCACAUGAAAUUAAUAAAAGUUACUUCCUGUUAUGAUUUGUGAACUCCCUAAGACCGUGAAUUUUUUAAGUAACUUUAUAUAUCAGAAGUGAUACCACAUCUUUAUAUUUUUAAAAUUGUAUUGCUGCUCAAGAAUGGUACCCUGAUGUCAGAAAGGUAGAUAUUCAUAAUUGUACAUUCAGCAUUGUAAAUAACCUCAUGAAAUCUUUUGAUUGAAGCUAUUCAAAAUAAAAAUUUUAAUAAAUUAAA